AUGUAUAAAAAACAUUCUACAGAAAAAUUAGUUAGAAAAAAUGCAUCCCCAACUCAUGAAAAGGAGAAUAAUUCUUAUGCUCGUAAAUAUAGUAGAAAACUUUUGAGUAGAUAGAGUAAUCAUGAUGAUUAAGAAAAUAUUAAAGAGAACAUUUUAACAACUUAUAAUUGUUAAACUAAUACAAUCAAUUAAAAUGAAAGUGCAUCUAAUCUCUAAUAAAUUAUUUAGUAAUAAAAACGAUAAAUUUAAAAUCUAAAAAUGGGGUGUCAUCGUUGUUUAACUAAAUAAAAUACAGAUCUUGAAUUGAGAAAUAAAAUUUUAGUUUAAAAUAACCAAAUACUUUCUUUAUUAUCAAGGGAAACUUAAUAAUAAGAUUACACAGAACUAUUUAAAAUAAAUUAGAUGUUAUAAUAAUAGAAUGAGGAAUUAAGAUAAAAUAAUGAAAUUUUGAUAUAAAAUUAAUAAGAAAUAUUGUAAGAAAACUUAUUUUUGAAAAAUUUAUUUGCUGAAACAAAUAAUUGCGCAAAUGCAAAAGAAAAUUCAAGCUGUAAUUUAUUUAAUUAUAGUUGAUAGAAUUAUUUAGUCUUUCAUAAUCAUAAGGAAGAUUUUCGUCAAUUAUAUAGUUAAACUCAUAAGUUCAAUCUCCAUCACAUACAAAAUAACAUCAAGAUAAAUUAUUUAACUUAUUAAAAUGA